AUGCGCAGGCACGUGGUGGGGGCGUGUUAUUCCAAGCUGGGUUUCAUUGGGGGCAAGCAAGAGAUCUGCCUGAGUGACAAGGGGGUCAACAGGAAGGGCACCAUCAUGCACGAGGUCAUGCAUGCCCUGGGCUUUGACCACGAACACAGUCGACCAGACAGGGACAAGUUCGUCUUUGUCAACUGGUGCAACAUUUCUCAGGGAUUCGAGCCCCAGUUUAAAAUCCGGUACGGGAAGUUGUCUGAGAAUGGAAGAUACGAUUACGGGUCUGUGAUGCAUUACCCAGCACAUGCUUUUGCGGAUCUCAAAUUGUUGCCAACUAUCAUUCCGAACAAGAAGCACAUUGGCCCUCGGGGCAUUGGUCAGCGUUUGUGGCUGUCACCUGACGACGUGUACAAGAUAAACGCGGCUUACACGGCAACACCUGAGAGGUCAGGAUACGCGACUGCAAAUCCCGACGCAAUGGAGCAUUACUCUGCAGAUAAUCACGCAGAUUUGCACAGAUUCUUCCCACCCAUGGACAAACUGCAUUUCCAAAUGAGAUUCCGGCCAAUCGUAGAAGAGGUCUGCGAACCCGACGAGAACAUCCGGCAAAAAGUCCUGAAGAAAAAAUGGGGCAAAUCCAGAAAAACCAGACUCAAGUUGGCCGAAAUCAAGGGCAAAUACAGUGAAAUGACCAAAGAGCGAAUCAGACUCAAAUCCAGGUGCCACAGAUCCAAGAGAACUGCAACAGCUGCAAAGCGCGCAAAAUUGCAGAAAAUCCGCGACCACAGAAUGCUUUUAUCGCAAGGAAAACCGAAUCCUCGUAACCCAUAA